GCAAUUUUUUCACUGCUAUCAGCAACAAGACUUUGACACAAUACGAAAAUAUGCUUAAAUCAGAGGUGCAGCAUCAGUUUUGGAUUACGAAGAAGGUGGUGCAGCGGAAACUUGGCAGCAAAGAGGACAAACACAUCAUAUCAUCCGAUGCCGAGCUGGAUGCCAAAAUCGAGGUGUUCAAAUCGAUAGCGGAGACCAGCAGUGAGUUAAGCAAAAUCAUCGACCAGUUCCAGGAGCGCCUAUGCAUAUUGUCGCAGGAGGAGUGUGUUUUCGGUCGCUUCCUUAAGGAGGCGGGCAAGCGGAGCAAAACGACAGGUCAGAGCAUCACGAAUGUAGGCAAGGCCAUGUCCUUUGCAGGACAGCAGCGCAUGUGUGUGCGCGUGCCACUCCUGCGACUGCAGCAUGAGGUCGAUGUCUAUCGCUGCCAGGCCGUGAAGGACACCGAAGGCACACUGCAGGCCAUGGAGAAGGAGCGCACAGAGUACCGUGCUGCCCUAUCCUGGAUGAAGUCGGCCAGUGCUGAGCUGGAUCCAGACACGGGCAAGGGAUUGGAUAAGUUUCGCACCGCGCAGACGCAUGUACGCGCUGCCAAACAGAAUUUCGACAGCUACUCCUUGGACUCCAUACAGAAGAUCGAUUUGUUGGCCGCAGCACGCUGCAACAUGUAUUCGCACGCCCUCGUUGCCUACAUAAAUGAGCUGAACACCUUCGCCCAAAAGGCUGCGUCCACGUUUCAAACCAUCUCUAACUCGUUGGUUGUCAAACCCAAAUACGAUUUCUGUGUACUAAAGGAGCUGUCACAGAACGAGGAGCCCGCCACAGAGGACACAGCGCCAAUUGAGACCAUCGACAAGGAUCAAUGCUUAUUCUUCGCGGAUGAGUUUCAGGAUAAGCCCGAUCCCUCCACGGAUGAAGCGCCUGCUGCAGCGCCUGUUCCAGUUGCCGCUGCCCCCACCUUGGGCGACAACGAAUCCUUGCUCAUUGAGUUGUCCAAACAAUUAGAGGACAACACGCUCAUCGAUGCGCCGUUGCUCGAUGAGGAACCUUUGGCUGACGGCGCCAACAGCAACAGCAACUUCUGGGCACGCAUGUUCAGCCCAGGAUCACAGCCUUUACAGCAACAGCUACCACCAAUUCCGACCAGCAACACACAGCAACCGGAAGCUGCCGCUACCGUUGCCCCCACAAAGCCCAGCAACAGCAACCAAUCAAAGUGCCAGCCAACCAGCAGCAACAACCCAUGGCUAGAACUAUUUGCUGAUCUCGAUCCGUUGGCCAAUCCACAGGCUUUCGAUUUAAAGAUGAGCGGCGGACGCAGCGUGGCCGAACAGACAUAAAACCAGUUUCAUUCCAAGCCCAUACAAGCACGAUUUCUUGCCGGAAUUAUAAAAUUCUGCAAAAUUGGAUGCAAAAAAUAUUGUAAUAUAUUUAGGAACUAUGGGUUUCAUUUCAUUCUUAAAAAUUCGCAUUUAAGAGAACCAAUUUUUUCUCCAUUUCCCUAUGUCCUUUCGCUCAAUAGAGCCACAACGUAGGCAUCUUCGAUCUACGUUCUCAAAGUAAUGCUUGAUGUCAAUUUAUUCUUACACUCCUAAAUUGUAAAGCCCCUUCAACGAACUGAGUAACAGCCAACUCAGCUUUGUAUUUUAAUCCUUACUGAAUAAUAAUCAGGCAGCGCUUUUUAAGUUGAAUUCGAUCCACAUGCUCCUGACAUAUUACCAUUUUAUAUGUGGUUCAAAAA